AUGCUAAAGUGGGUUCAAGGAGGUCUUUCUGCCGUCACUGGUAUUGCUGAGCCUGAAUACGGCCCUGAUUAUAUCCAUCCUGUUACUGAUGGUGUCAAGAAUAAGCAACCAUAUCAAAUUGCCACUAAAGAGGAUUUUAAAUGGCAAUCACCUCAACAAACAAAUGUUGAAACUCAAACUUUUUAUUUCACAGAUUUAUCUAAUGGUUUAAUUGGGUUUGCUCAAGUUAUUCAUUCAAAUGUUGUUGGAAUUCAUACUACUGCUCAAUUUACUUUUAAAUUAUAUGAUACAAAUACUGGGAAACAAAUUUGGACUUCAACAAAAUUAGAAGAUUUUAUUAUAAAAGGUGAAAACUUUUAUGCAAAUAACCUACAAAUUGAAUUAGAUGAAGAAAAUAAAACUUAUCAUUUAGUUUCAAAAGUUAAUGAAGAAUCAAUUGUGGAUUUAGUUUUUGAAAAAAUUGUUCCAGCUGUUAAAGUUGGUAAAGAUGGUACAACUAUAUAUGGUGAUGAUGUGGAAAAUCCUUGGGGUACAAUGAGACAUGUUUUUUGGCCAAGAAAUAAAGUUUCUGGUAAAAUUACUUCUAAAAACACUGAAACUGGUGAAACUAAAGCUUUUAAUAUAAAUGGGUUAUCAAUGUUUGUUAUGGCUUUACAAGGUAUGAAACCUCAUCAUGCUGCUGCAACUUGGAAUUUCUUAAAUUUCCACUCAAAAUCCCUAAGUGCAGUGGUUAUGGAAUUUACUACACCAAAAUCUUAUGCUUCUACAAAAGUUUCAAUUGCAAUCGUUUCAAAUGAUCAAGGUAUUGUUACAGUUUCAAUUAAUAAUGAAUCAAUUCAUCAAAAGCAAAAAAUUGAUGAAAUUGGUUGGCCACAACCAAAUGCCAUUGAAUUUAAAUUCCAUGGUGUUGAUUCAAAAGCAACCGAUGAAGAAGUUGCAAAUGGUUCUGCAAAACCUGUUGAAUGUAAAGUUUAUGGUGAUUUAACUUUAGUGGAAAGAGUUGAUGUUAUGAAUGAAAUUCCAACUUUUGUUAAAAAUAUCGUUAGUGGAGUUGCUGGUACUAAACCUUACAUUUAUCAAUUUUGGAAUAAUAUGACUAUUGAAUUGGAUGAUAUUAAAGAAACUUCAAUUGGUUAUGUUGAAACUACAUUCAUUACUGAAUUAUAA